AUGGCGGACCCAGCUAUCGCGGCUGCUGAGCCCGAGCACCGCCAGCCCUUCCGCACCAUGUUUGUAACCAUUGGAUCCAUUGCCUCUUUCAAGAGCCUCAUCACCGAGGUUCUUUCCGACAAGUUUCUAGAGACACUCGCAAAACUCAAAUUCAAUCGUCUAGUCGUUCAGUGUGGCCCUGAUCUAGAGCUCUUCGAGCGCAUUCGUCCUCAAAGAGGCUUUGACAGCCACUGGAUUGACAUCGUCGGCUUCACUUACACCGACAAGAUGAAAGAUUAUUUUCUGGAAUGUGCACCUUCCACUGCAAAAUCAGGCGAGGCCGCCCGCGGAAGGGGCAUUAUCAUGGCGCACGCUGGUGCUGGUACGAUACUGGAAGCCUUAGACAUUGACGCCAGAGUCAUUGUGGUUCCAAAUACAUCUCUUAUGGACAACCACCAACUCGAGCUUGCGGAAGAGCUCGAGAGACAAGGCUAUCUGCUACAAGGUCAUCUCGGCGCACUCCAUGAGGACCUGGAGCGCAUGGAAACAUACGAGCCUGCAAACUGGCCUCCCAAGCCUCCCAAGGACUCGAAGUAUCGCCACAUUGGUGAGAUCAUCAAGAACUUCUUCCCAUACAGCAGGCACGUAUCUGAAGCCGGUGAAGAGGAGGCGAAGCAGAUGCCUCUGGAACAGCAAAUGUGGCGAGAUAUGCUCGCCGGGCAGCCAUUUCCCGAUGGUGAUCCACGUCAUGUCUUUUUAAGCGGCCUCCACUCGCAGGAAAAGGAGAGCAUGUUCCAAGAGUGGCGUAGCAACUGGUACGCACAUCGCAAGAUCAAGGAAGACCUGGAACAGGAGGGAAAACGUCAGUCUGAUGAGGUAUCGACUGGGGAGCGCAAAAUUGAGAGUGGUUAG